AUGAACACCACGGGGCCCCCGGCAGAGGCCCCCGAGUCCUGCCAGCAGCUGGUGGCCAGUGGGCACAGCCGGCUCAUCGUCCUGCACUACAACCACUCGGGCCGGCUGGCCGGGCGGGGCGGGCCCGAGGAGGGGAGCCUGGGGGUCCUGCGGGGCAUCUUCGUGGCCGUGAGCUGCCUGGUGGUGCUGGAGAACCUUCUGGUGCUGGUGGCCAUCGUGACCCACAUGCGGUCUCGGCGCUGGGUCUACUACUGCCUGGUCAACAUCACGCUCAGCGACCUGCUCACCGGCGUGGCCUACCUGGCCAACGUCCUGCUGUCGGGCGCCCGCACCUUCCACCUGGCGCCUGCCCACUGGUUCCUGCGCGAGGGUCUGCUCUUCAUGGCGCUGGCCGCCUCCACCUUCAGCCUGCUCUUCACCGCCGGCGAGCGCUUCGCCACCAUGGUGCGGCCGGUGGCCGAGAGCGGGGCCAGCAAGCGGGGCCGGGUGUACGGCUUCAUCGGGCUGUGCUGGCUGCUGGCCGCCCUGCUGGGCCUGCUGCCCCUGCUCGGCUGGAACUGCGUGUGCGCCUUCCAGCGCUGCUCCAGCCUGCUCCCGCUCUACUCCAAGGCCUACAUCCUCUUCUGCGUGGGGGUCUUCGCCUGCAUCCUGGCAGCCAUCAUGGCGCUCUACGGGGCCAUCUUCCGGGUGGUGCGGGCCAACGGGCAGAAGGCCCCCCGGCCCCCCGCCCGCCGCAAGGCCCGCCGGUUGCUCAAGACGGUGCUCAUGAUCCUGGUGGCCUUCGUGGUGUGCUGGGGCCCGCUCUUCGGCCUGCUGCUGGCCGACGUCUUCAGCUCCACGGACUGGGCGCAGGAGUACCUGCGGGGCAUGGACUGGAUCCUGGCGCUGGCCGUGCUCAACUCCGCCGUGAACCCCCUCAUCUACUCCUUCCGCAGCCGGGAGGUGUGCCAGGCUGUGCUGGCCUUCCUCUGCUGCGCGUGUCUCAGGCUGGGCCUGCAGGGGCCCAGGGACUGCCUGGCCCAGGUCGGCGAGGCCCACUCCGGAGCCUCCACCACGGACAGCUCGCUGAGGCCCAGGGACAGCUUUCGGGGCUCCCGGUCGCUCAGCUUUCGGAUGCGAGAGCCCCUCACCAGCAUCUCCAGCGUGCGGAGCGUCUGAGCCACGGCAGGGGCCCGUGUCCGGGGGGGCCGGGAGCACGCCGAGAGUGUGGGGGCUCUGAUGGAGAGGCAGGAACAGGGCAGCCAGCUGGGCAGUGUGUCCCGAGGCCCCACGGCCCCCCUCACAGCGCCUGGGCCCGCUGACGCCAAGCAGGUGUCCCAUGGUCUCCCCGGAGGAGGCGGCUGCUCACCGGAACGGGGAGGGUCCUGGAGUGGGGG